AUGUCUGCAGCAGCAACAAUGGGCAUACCGCGUCUCGCAAUGCGCAGGAACGCAGUCCGCUCGUGCAGUAAGCCGCAUGUCUUCUUUUUGCGUGCCACUCGUCUAAGCUCGUACGCCCCGGUUAGCUUGCCCUCUGCAGCGCGUUUACCGAUACGACUCCCAGCUGCCGCGGAUGCCACGCUCGCCAGGCAAGCAGCGGAACCCUGGAGCUCUGCCAAAGGAGCUGCCACGGCUGGUUUGCAGAGCGGAGACGUAACCAACCACGUCGACGCGGUUGUUGACGGCCCUCAGCACAUUGGAGAAGCGACACUUGCUAUCUGCCGCUGA